AUGUUAGCAACCGCGUCUACGACUUUAGGCACUGAACGUCUGUCGCGAUUGCGCAAUGUCAUGUCACAACCGGAAUAUCAACUCGAUGCCUUCGUAGUUCCUUCAGAAGAUGCCCAUCAGAGUGAAUACACUGCAGAGUGUGACAAUAGACGUGCAUGGAUUUCAGGGUUUACCGGAUCAGCAGGCUGUGCUGUGAUUUCACAAACCAAUGCGGCGUUAUUUACGGAUGGACGCUAUUUCUUGCAAGCCUCACAGGAAUUGAGCAACGAUUGGGAACUGAAAAAACAAGGUUUACCUGGUGUUCCGACGUGGCAAGAGUACCUUGUAAAGGAUCUACCUCGUGGGUCCCACAUAGGCGUCGAUCCAUCGGUGAUCACUGUAGACAAUGGUCAAGCGCUAGAGCGGGAAUUGGGGGCGGUGGGGUCCCGACUGGUACCUGUGGAGAAGAAUUUGGUGGAUGUCAUUCGAUCGGAUCGGCCAAGUCGUCCAGCUCACACUAUCCACGUGCACGAUGUGAAAUAUGCAGGCAAAUCACACCAAGCCAAGAUUAAGCAAUUGAGAAAAGAGUUGAAUGAAAAAUCGUCUGAUGGCACUGUGGUAUCGGCCCUGGAUGAAAUUGCCUGGUUACUGAAUCUGCGCGGAUCAGAUAUCCACUGUUGCCCGAUAUUUUUCGGUUACUGCGUUGUUACGCAACAAGAAGCCGUACUCUAUUUGGAUCCUCAGCAGCAACUCACUAAUGACGUCGCAUCCCACCUGCAAACAGCAGGUGUACAUGUUCGUCCUUAUUCCCAGAUUUUCCAUGAUUUACCACACUAUCAUGGACGCUUUCUGCUUGAUCCAAAAUUGACAAGCUUGUCGGUAGCACAAGCCUUGGGCAACGAUCGUGUUGAUUACGCGCCUUCUCCGAUUACAUUGGCGAAAGCUAUCAAGAACGACGCUGAACUGCAGGGGAUGCGCGCGUCCCACUUGCGGGAUGCGGUGGCGGUGAGCCAGCAUUUUGCAUGGUUAGAGAAUGCCUUGGUUCAUAAGCGCCAAGUGAUCCGAGAAGCUGAAGCCGCCGAUCAUUUGGAAAGCAUGCGCAAACAACAGGAGGAAUAUGUUGGGUUGGCAUUUGAUACCAUUGCUGCCACGGGGCCUAAUGGCGCCAUCAUCCAUUAUUCACCUGGUUCUUUUGAUUCGGCGGUCAUUGAUCCCAAACAAAUCUACUUGUGUGAUUCGGGCGCACAAUACAAGGAUGGUACAACGGAUAUCACUCGGACGUAUUUAUUCGAUGGCGAACCGACGGCGUUCCAAACUUUUGCAUUCACAAAGGUCUUGCAGUCGCACAUGGCUCUCGAUCAGGCAGUAUUCCCUCAAGGCACCACCGGCUAUCAGCUGGAUCCAAUUGCUCGCCAGCCGAUGUGGCAAGAGGGUUUGGAUUUCAGACACGGCACGGGCCAUGGCGUUGGGGCCUAUUUGAAUGUUCACGAAGGACCUCACGGAAUCGGCAGCCGGGCCAGCUACAACGAGAUUCCUUUACAGGAAGGAAUGAUUGUGACCAAUGAACCGGGUUAUUACGAAGAUGGCCAGUUUGGAAUUCGAAUAGAAAAUGUACUCGCGGUGCAAAAAGCGCCUACAAAGUACCAGUAUGGUGAUCAACCGUAUCUGGGAUUUGAGCACUUGACAUGGGUUCCUUUGGGACGUCGAUUGCUAGACACGAAUGUGCUAACUUGUCAAGACAAAGCAUGGAUCAACCGGUAUCAUCAAGCCUGUCGUGAAAAGUUGGAACCGCUACUUGGACACGAUACCGCCACAUUAUCCUGGCUUGUAAAAGAAACAGAACCCAUCUAA